AUGGCACUCAAAGACAUUGUUAUUCGAAAGCGGUCCGAGAACCAUGUCGAAAGACAACCAGAAAAUCCCAACAAGUCCGCUGGAAAUUUGGCGCGUGUCCAUCCUGGUUCCACGAGUGUCCCUUUGGAGGGCUGUCGUCGACGACCCCGUACCAAAAUAACGUUAUUCGAACGAAAAUUGCGAAACUUUUUAAUUUCCAAAUGCACUCUCUUAAGGCUUAAAAAAAAUCUACUUGGGAGCAAUCCAAAUCGCCCUGGGCUCAAUAACAGCGAAAAGCGAAAAGUGGCCCCACAACAACAACUACAGUAG